UCCCACUGUCACUGUCAUUCGUCAAUCAUCUCAAAGUCAAAGCUACUUCACUACUUGCUUGCUAGUGCAGCUAAUCUUAGCGUGGGACACCGUCUUUGCUCUUACUACUACUAGUAGUAGACUAGUUCAAAGUACUAGUAGUUGUGUGCUCUCGCUUAGUCUGCUGUGGCUCAUCAUCAAGGUAACAUUUUGGAAAUCAAUAGUUGAACGGCGAUCAAGACUCACGAGCACCAGCAAUUAUGGGAGCGCUCGGAUCCAUUGCCAAGGGCAUUAUCGGCAUCUUCGCCAUCCUGCUCGGGCUGAUCGGAAUAGCCUUCCUGGCGGUCGGCGCUCUGGUGGCCGUGGAGUUCCGUUCCUACGCCAACGGAGGUCUGUUCAAGGAGGUGUACCUGUGGGGUCCAGUGGGUGUUAGUAUUGCCCUCGGCAUUCUACUGCUCCUGAUCGGCGUGUUCGGUAUCUGCGGUAUUUGCUGCGACAAGAAGAGUUUCAUCAAGGCCUUUGCAGCGUUGAUGUUGAUCUUGAUCGCUCUGGAGAUUGCAGCUGUUGUUCUGGGUUUCCUGUACCGUGGCAAGCUGGAGGAUGAGCUGCAGACAGGUAUUGAGGACGGAAUCAGGAAGGCCUAUGGAGGAAGUACCAACGACACUAACACAAAGAAGGCACUGGAUGAAUUGCAGGACGUGUUCAACUGCUGCGGUGGUAACGGAACUUAUGAUUACACCAGUCAGAACCUCGAGAUCCCACAGUCGUGUUGCAUAGACCAAUCAAGCUGUAAUGGUACAGCAGCCUACAAUCAAGAGGGCUGUACUGACAAGCUUCAGGAUCUAUACAAGAGUUACACAAACGUAUUCAUUGGCAUCGGCGUUUCCUUUGCUGUACUCGAGAUCCUCGCCGUGAUCUAUUCGUGCUACGCUGCCAACUCGGACGGCGAUGCUAAAAUGGUGUAGGCCCAGCAACACUGAGCCAGCACAUGACGCCGUGUGUCGCGCCACCGACCUGGUCGCUAAUGGCAGCAAACGGAAGCCAAGGCUUUCCUUUAGAAUUCCGCCGGAUACGUGUGGUGUGUACCCCGGCGCGCGCGUGUGUGUGUGUGUAUGUGUGUCUGUGUGUGUGUGCGUGUUUUUAUACCGCUUUUAGGGUGUUGCAUCCUCUGUGGCUUGUGUGUAGCUCUCUGUAAGCGGUCUGGCUUGCUGCUUGCCCGACCGUUUUGAUAUCUCUUCAGAAAGAUUUCGGGAUUACCGCCUGCCUACCUGCCUGGCACCUAAGAACAUCUGUGCGUGCCUGGUAUUGAGCGUGUGUCGCUCUGUUUUCUGAUUCCUUUUUUUGCUGUUGCUUUUUCUUUCCUUUGUGACUUUUUGUGUGUAGUUGUGUUUUUAGAGAGUUUGGCUUGUGUAGGUGUGCGUGGGAAUUGUUUUUCGGCUGUGCCCUGAGUUUUCUCCUUUGGCAUCUUUUUAAGAUAUUGGACAAAGGACGAAACAGUUUGGUCCGCAGAUUGG